AUGCCACUGGAUUAUGGACGGUUUGACAACUUGGAUGUUGCAGAGGGCAGCAAUCCUGAGGAAGGAGUGGGAUUUGAUGAUGCCAAGGCGAAAGUGCUCGCAGCUGUGCGCAGCAGGAAGCUGAAGGCAGACCGUGAGGCUGCUAGUGGCAGCCUGACCGAUGCUGUCAGGCUUUAUGAUGAUGCAAGAAACAUCCUGCUGUCGCUGCAGGAUGCAAGUACCGAGUCGGCACUACAGGCCGUGGACCUGAGAGUGGAGGCGCUAAGCAUUCAGCUGAUGGCUGCGAAAACCUUCUCUUUGCUGGGAGAUUGGCCAGAGGCGGAGGCCCGCUCGAGCAAAGCUCUCGAGGCGGCAAUCCUUCCCGCAGAUGACGAGGGCUGCCAGCAGCUUGCGCAGCUAGGGAUCUUACCUUCUGAGGCGUCCGUGCAGCAUGAAGGAAGCGUGGUCCACCGCGAUGCCGCAGACGCGCUGCUCUGUCGUGCGAGGGCGCGGCUCAAGCUUGGCGAUUCCGUUGGAGCCCGCGAUGAUGCCGCCAAGGCUCGAAACUUAUGUGGUCUGCUGCAAGACCAUCGGAAGCAGGAAGCCGCUGAUGGCUUUCUGAUGCAGGCUCAAAUGGCGAUUGCUGCUACUGGGCAUGACCCAAAGACGCAGACCAGCCGAAGCGAGCAGACCCAACCCUCUUCAGGAGAUGCAGCGGCAGAAAUGGAUGGCACAAGCGGGGCAGGAGAAGCGCUGGCAGACCUACACCAGGAGCAGCGAUGUCUCCCUCUCACGAAGAUGCCACGCCCUGAAGAGCUUCUACGGCUGGAAGAGAUGGAUGUCGACUACGCUGUAGCGCGUUGGAGUUUCGGUCAGGGUGCGAUGCUAUUGGUGCAUCAUCUUUUGGGAGGGCCGGAGAAGGUGAUGCUGCUUCUCGCAGAUGAUGACGAGGCCGAGCCCUUCUCAAAAGUUCCGCGCCGCUUCCGCUAUGGAGGAAGCCACGGAGGACUUGGUGCAAGGAGCCGCCGAGGCAACUUGAGUCCGUUAUUUGCUAUGCUGUCGCACUUUCCCGUGCUAUGGCUGUCUCAAGGUCCUGAAACGUCCGAAGGCAUCUUUGGGAGAUUGGCUCAGUUCGAAGAUGCUGUGUGGGGAUUUCCCCUGCCCGGCAUGGCGCAUGGCCGGAAGACGGAGUACGAUUGCAGCGGCCGUUUCUGCUCUGGACUUGGUCGAGUGGCGCCGCUGGGUCAGGCUGCUCUGACAUUGCGGCCAGCGCUUCGUGCCCUUUUUGGUGGUCAAUCCACGAGGAGCCGAGAGCGGAUAGAAGUGCUAUUGGUGCAGCGCCCACGCCAUCUUUCCAGACGAAUCGCCGGUGUGACGCUUGUAGCAAGGAAGUGGAUGGCGCUCCAUCGCAACCUGCGGGUCCGAGUCUGGCGCCCUGAGCUCCACCCAAUCAUCGAGCAGGUGCGCUUCGUUUCGCAGGCCGAUGUCCUGGCAGCCGUAACAGGGCAGGCAUGCGGCCUGGGAUCCUUCCUUCGCAGGGGCGGUGUCCUUUUGGAGUUCGCACCGGCACUGGACGGCUCGUACGGUUGCCGCCCGGGAUGGGACAUGAACCCCACUAGUGAGGUCGGCCAGAUUGCCCGGCUUGCCGAGAUUCAUCAUACCUGCGUCAUGUCCUCCUGUGUCGGUGUGGCUGCAAACACUCCGCUGCCUGCAAAGCAGUCCGCUGAGCUGGCUUUGAAGAGCCGAGCUCUAGGAAGUGGAGACUUAGCGAUACGGGCAGAAGCAAGUCUGACAUGGCGAACAGCAGCAUUAGUCGUUUUGCCAGCGCUUAGACGAGGUGUGGAGACGAACUUGCUCCAGCAUACAACCGUAUUGCUGCAGAUGGGCGUCACUCCGCUCACCUUUGACGGCUACGCAGUGAAGAGUGUCAAGCUGUGGGGGCUCAUUUGCAGGGCAUGUUUCCACUUCCAUCGCGACUCAGCAAAGGUCUUUUGCCCAAAGUGUGGCAAUGACACCGUCGUUCGAGUCCCAAUCAUCGUGGAUCAGGAUGGAGUUCCUUCUCUUGUAAAUUCUGGGAGGAAGCUCAGGACCAAAGGAACCGUUUUCUCCAUGCCCAAGCCGCAAAGUGGCAGGGUGUGGAAGCCCAUUUUUGCAGAGGACCCUUUGCUUGGUGUUGUGCAUACUACCUGUGUUUUCUUUGAUGCAGACUUGGCCUGUGUCUGGUCCAAGAUGCUCUCAGAGCUUUGCCACCAGAGCACUGAAGAAUUCCUGGUUAUCUACACUCUGGGACAGGAAGCUGAGAUUGAUGCUGCUCUCAUCCGACAGCCUUGCUCGCUUUCAAGCAGAGCGGGUCCAGAGGAAAGAGAGUCUUUCGACGCGACAGGUCAGUGUGCGGAAUGCACUGAAGGUGGCAAAGUUACUGACUUGUCGGUGACUCAGCAUUUGGUCCCCCACAUCAUGGCCUGGAUUUCCAUAUGCGUUGCUGCAAGGAACUUCCACUACAAGUUCUUGCGUGGUCCUCAGUCUGUGGCUAGCAGUGUGGCUGAGUGUGGCUUGAUCUUGAGGAGCAGAAUCCAGGGCCUGGAGGAUCAGGCAGCACACCUGCGCAGCCUGGAUUUGUCCUCGCCCGGCACCCACUGUGCCUCUGCUUCCAACUCGGAGAUGCGCGAGCGUGGGAUGCAGGAACAAUAUCAGAAUCAUGGAGAAUCUGGGAUCCAUGAUGAAGCUACGCGAGCUGAAGCCAAGUGCUUGGUGUCCAACAGAUUCACGCUGGACAGCUGUCAGAUAUCCCGCAUUCAGGGCCUGGAGAAGUGUCCCAGUCUUCUCUCUCUUCACUUGGAGGACAACGACAUCCAUUGUGUGGAAGGUCUUGAGAAGCUCUUUUCCCUGGAGAUACUGAACCUUGAGAGGAACAGGCUGCAAAGGCUCGGCCGUGGUCUAAGCAAGCUGACAAAGUUGAAGGAGCUUCGCCUGGCCUUGAACCAGCUGACCUCACUGGAUGGUCUACCGGGGCUGGGCGCCUUGGAGGUUUUAGAUGCCAGCCGCAACCAGCUGGCAAACGUCCCAACCGAAGACCUGAAAGGACUGAGCAAGCUGGACGAGCUGAAUCUUGCAGGGAACGGGCUCUCCAGCAUUGGCUUCCUUGGCCUCGGAGGUCCCGUUCGCUUGUCGUCCCUCGACUUGUCUGACAACUCGCUGACAACCUCCUCCUUCAAAGGCCUUCCCUGCCUGCCGCUCCUCUCGGAGUUCAUGCUGGCGGGCAAUCAGCUUGAGGAAGUGCCCGGCAACUUUGCAAGCAGUUGCCCUGCUCUGGAGAUCUUGGAUGUGUCGCGAAACAAGCUCCUCUCUGUCAAUGAGGUGGGCAAACUGAAGACCAUUGCCACGUUGCGGGAGCUCAGCGUGCAGGCCUAG